AUGGUCUUACGAGGCUAUGCCCAGAGUGGACUUGCCGACCUCGCAUGGACAUUUGGAGGCAGCGAAGAUCCAAAUGUCAGCCACAGUAUUAUCCGUACUUGUCCAUCCCUCAAGUUUGCCCCCGUUUUUCCGAAUAUUGAUGGUAAUGAGAUACACGUCGAGUCUCAGCUCACAGCUCAAGGAUACUACCUCCGCCCCGCAAGCUUGCUCGCCCACUUUGUCAUGACUGGUAAUUCCAUCCAGCCCAGGCAUCGUGUUCACCGGAAUACUCCCGAGUAUCAUUCAGCGUUCGUCAAAAGAUUCACCGACAAGGUCAAUCAAACCAUUGCGGAGAGCUUCAUAUACGAUGGACAGCAAACGUGCGACAACUUUGCGUACGGGCAUUAUGACGGUACCAUCCAUGACAGUGUUGGGGUCAACCUUCAAAGCCAGGUAGCCGAUGCGAAAGGCAUCCCAAAUAGGUUGACCUUUGCAAACUACCCGUCCCAAUGGACAGGGAGCUUGGCCAGGGAAGCACGUCGUCAGCUCUCUUCUGAGAGCGUCGUCCCCAACGACAGGCCCGUGGGACGUUUGGCUUUGCCAGAGGAGUUGAGCGAUAAUUGGUGGGCGUGA